UUUUGUUUUUUUUGGUGUGGGUGUUGGGGAUGGGGGGGACGUGGCAACCACUCAUCUUCAUUUUGAACAGUGGCAAAAACUAGCACCCCACUUGCAAUGAAUUAUUUGCAUUUUAUACUCAAUAUGAAUACUUGAACUUUGUUUUUGGCGUGCAAGGCUUGUAGAGGUGUCAAAUGUGCCGGCACGACCCGUUUAACUUCGUGCUAACCGUGCUUCAUGCCGUGCCGUGCCGGCCCGUUUACUUUAUUUACUUAAAUCGUGCUGUGUCGUGCCGUGCCGUGCUGUUUGUCAAUCGUGUCGUGCCGUGCCGGCCCGUUUACUUAAAUUGUGUUGUGCCGUGCCAUGCCAUUUGUCAAUCGUGUCGUGUCGUGCCGGCCCAUUUCUGAAAUCGUGUCGUGUCAUGCCGGCCCAAUUUCUUAAAUCGUGUCGUGUCAUGUCAUGCCGGUCCGUUUUCUUAAAUCAUGUCGUGCCAUGCCGUUUUCAAUCGUGUCAAGAUGUGCCGGCCCAUUUACUUAAUCGUGUCGUGUCGUGUCGUGUCGAAUCGGGCCGGGCCGGGCCGUUUUAAGUCAUGUCGUUUUAGUCUGCCCUAACAUUUGCUUUCAUAUUAAAUUACUCUUGCACCAUAAAUAUUUUGAUAAGUUUUUUUAAUUUUACUUGUUAUCUUGUAUUGUAAUGUUAAAUUUGCAAACCAAAGGUCCAAAGCCUAUUUAAUUUUACUAACAAAAACAAAACAAAUAUUUUUACCGAAUAAAAUUUGAUAGUUUUUUAAAAGUAAAAAAAUGAUUUUUUAAAAACAUGAUUUUUUAAUAAAUUGUUUUUUAAAAAAAAUUAAAUAUCUUAGUUGUUUACCUUUAAAAAUAGGUAAACAAAUAUUUUUAACGGAAUAGAAAUUGUUUAAUUUUUUAAAAAUUUUAAAAAAAAACCAUGUGGCUUAUUUAAUUUUUUUUCCCUUGCUUCGUGCCGUGCCCUUUCGUGCCCAUGCUCGUGCCUAUGCCCGUGCCUUGCUAGAACCGUGCCAUGCCGUGCCGUUCCUGUCCACUUUUCGUGCCCGUGCCCGUGUCGUGCCGUGCUGUGCCAGGCCAACUUUCGUGCCGUGCCCGUGCCGUGCCAGGCCAAUACCGUGCCUGUGACGUGCCGUGCUACCCCGUGCCCGUGUCGUAUCGUGCCGGUACGGCCCAUUUGACACCUCUAAAGGCUUGCCCUCCCAAGUCUAGAAGAGAAAAGUAUAGUGGGUUCAACAACUCCAGCAGCCACUGACAGAAGCGCUACAAUAGGAAUCAGGCCCAUUCCAUUACUAACAGCUGAUAGAAAUGAACCGAAAGAGAUCGGAUCAGUUUUGAGGAACUGUGAACCUAUUGUCGAGGAACCAGCAACACCAGAAGGUCCAGAACCAGAAACUGCAGAGUUCACGCUGAACCAACACCAGUAGUGACAUCGAAGAUGUGUUUUAUGAGGAUCCUGACGAAAUUCCUACAAUCAAACUCAACCUUGAAGAGUUCACGCUGAAUCUACAUAACUACGUGCAAGAAAAGAUGGAACUGCGAGAGGGUGAUACGUCCAAAGCUUUAGUUGCUUUGUAUCCACAGGCUGCUUUGAUCCCUACACUGAAACUGAAGAAUGUGAGUCGACUACGCACAUAGCACCAAGUGGUAUAUAUGACGAGGUCUGCAUAUCAGCUGCUGAUAAAGGCUGACUGUACCAAUACUGUCCAGAAGACAACAGCUGUGAACUCUUUCCGAAAUGAAAGACGCAAAAAUACAAAACCUAGCAGCUGGAUAAAUGAGAACCUGAUGAUCCAAGCCCAUAUCUGCUUGUUGCUAUAUGGGCACCAGGUGAAACAGCAAAUUCAGUCCAGAAUGAAGGUGUGGGUCUCAAGAAUCAGGCAAACUCUGCAAUGAGAAAAUGUGCUUCUCGUGCAAUAGUAUGAGAGAAGCAGAUGCCCAUACAGUUAAAGGGACAAUCUUGAUUCCAUGUAGAACAGUAAUGAGGGUGAGCUUUCCGCUAAAUGGCACAUACUUCCAAGUUAAUGAGAUGUUUGCUGAUCAUGAAUCCAGUCUUAACCCAAUUGAUGUUCCAAGGGCAUGGAUAUGGAAUUUGCCAAGACGUACAGUUUACAUUGGGACCUCUGUAUCAACAAUUUUCAAAGGCCUAACAUCAGAGGGAAUUCAAUACUGCUUUUGGAGAGGUACUGAAGACGGAACAGAAGUGUCGUACGAUUCAAGAUCGAGUUCAAUCCUAUUGAGGAAGAAGCUGAAAACCUUGGUUUCCGUGCGCAUAGUCGCUCUGAUUAAUUUAAGUCGAUUUUUUUUUAGAAUCUUCCAAGUUUAUUUGGAAAUUGUAAUAUUUUGAUUUAUUUGAAACGGUUGUAAUAUAAUGACAUAUGCUUUUGAAAUGGUGAUGUAGUAAAUCUAUGAAACCCUUUUGUGAAAAUAAUCUUUGUAAUGUUUAUUAAUGUCUCCGAAUUUCGGAGCUUUACAAAUG